UCGCCAUGCCAGAAGUACGUGUUGAGGAGGUGAGGAGAUUCAUGGUUGAGAGCCUGGUGGCUGUGGGAGCUCCAGAGACGGAGGCGAAGAGACACGCUGACCUCCUGGUACAUGCGGACUCCGCGGGACACUUCAGUCAUGGAUUGAAUAGACUAGAAUUAUACAUAAACGACAUCAAGAACGGCGCGACCAAUCCUACUGCCAGGCCCGUUAUACUGCAGGAGUCAGGGGCGACGGCGUGGGUGGACGGCUGUAACGCACUGGGCGCGACCGUCGGCCAUUUCUGCAUGGAUGUUGCUGUGAGGAAGGCCAGGGAGUGUGGUGUGGGAUGGGUGGCGGCGAAACGCUGCAACCACUUCGGCAUGGCGGGGUACUGGGCGCUGCAGGCGGAGAAGGUGGGGAUGAUCGGCAUGGCGUUUACCAACUCUGCACCCAUCAUGGUGCCCACCAGAUCUAAACAGAGUGCAACGGGAACAAACCCCAUAUCUCUAGCGGCACCGGCCGGCAAUGGAGACUCCCUCGUCUUGGACAUGGCCACUACGGCCGCCGCCAUGGGAAAGAUAGAAGUCCUGAUUCACAAAGGAGAGCCUGUCCCCCCCGGCUGGGCCUUGGGGCCAGAUGGGAAGUUGGCUACGGACCCACAAGUCGCGUUUGAUACCAGUCGGCUGUUACCGCUGGGCGGUUUCGAGGAGACCAGCGGCUACAAGGGAUUCGGGCUUAGCACCAUGGUGGAGGUCUUAUGUAGUGGACUAUCAGGAUCAAACGCCACGCACAACGUGCCGCCGUGGACGCACAACCAGACCGAAUCCCCGAACAUGGGGCAGUGCUUCAUAGCGGUGGACCCCGAGCGCUUCGCCCCCGGGUUUACCACCAGGGUCGCGGACUGUCUCCACCAUUAUAGGAAUUUGGAACCGGUCAAUCCAGCUCUUCCCGUCUUAGCGCCAGGUGACAAAGAGAAGCAGAGCGCUGCAGCAACACAGCACAGAGGCACAAUCAUCUACCCGCAGCGUCAGAUAGAUGUAUACGCACGCGUCGCUAAGGCUAUCGGAAUAGAACCUAUGAAAAUACACAGUGCUUAAUAAUAUGCCCUG